CGUCGCUCUCCCUCCUCACUCACUCACCUAAAUAAAGUUAGUGCAGACCAACAACCUCCUCAUGACAACAACCACCUGCUGAUGAAAAACACCCGCUCCGAGAGAUGACACAAGCCUAUGUCCGUGGAUUAGGCAUGAACAUGAUGUCCCUGCGGACCAGCAUCACACUGGAGAGGAAUGUGCCUUUAAUACGCCUGGAGAAUGAUGCUGACCUGAGGGAAAUCUAUGAAUUUGGAAAGAAAUUGGGUCAAGGUAGCUUUGGAGUUGUUUAUGAAGCCACCCACAUUGAGACACAGACGAAAUGGGCUAUUAAGGAGGUUUGCAGACCAGCGGCAGGAAGUUCGAAAGCCCAGAUGCUGGGGCACGAAAUAAACAUUCUCAAACAAGUGAACCAUGCUCACAUAAUAUGUCUCCAGGAAGUCUACCACACGGCUAAGAUGACUUAUUUGGUUACUGAGCUGUGCGUUGGAGGUGAACUGAAGCAGCUGUUGGAGCGGAAAAAGUUCCUUACAGAGGACGAGACGAGGCAUAUCAUCUGUAGCUUAGCUGACGCCGUCGUCUACCUUCACAAAAGAGACAUAGUGCACCGGGACUUGAAACUUGAGAACAUCCUUGUGAAGAAUUAUCUCGAUGAGGAUGAUAACGGCAGGAUCAAUAUCAAGGUGACAGACUUUGGAUUAUCGGUGAAGACAGGUGGUGUAGGGAUUGAGAACCAAAUGACGGAGGCCUGUGGGACUCUUAUCUAUAUGGCACCUGAAAUGAUGAGCGGUCGAGGUUACAGCCAGUGGUGUGACGUGUGGAGCAUAGGAGUCGUUAUGUAUAUGUUGCUGUGUGGGGAGUCUCCGUUUGUGUCCAAAACAAAGGCAAACCUACUUGAGGAGAUUAUGAAUAAAGAAGUCAAAUUUCCUCAAAACAUCUGGGCCACAGUCAGUGAUGCAGCAAAAAAUCUAUUGACUUGCCUUCUGAAGGCGGACCCUGCCUACCGCAUGUCUGCUAAUCAGCUACUAGAAAACCCCUGGAUUACAGGUGACACUAAUGGGCCUGCUAUGCCGUCCAAUGUGCUGGAGAUGAUGCGCCUUCACCUGGAACAGGAAGAAAAAACACAGACUCUGGAGAACUUGUCCCUCCCUUCCUCUGAGAGCACACUGGACCCAUCCCCGCUCCCCAGGGUCGCUUCAACAAAAUCAGACAGCAACUGCAUGAGCCACGCUAAGAGAGACAGAAGCUUCUGCACACCCUCCACAUCCACCAAGCCGAUUCAUGCUGGUGUGAAACCCUUCAAAAAGCAGAGUGCAAACAAGCGCAGGUCUGUGGUCAAGAAGGAUGUCAGUACAGGACAGAAACCAGCCUCAGACCACCAGAGACCUUCUACCUCCUGUAAAUGUAGGACUGCCCAACGCAAACUCUAACACCAAUACCCCUUCAGAGUAUAACUAAAACACCAGCCAUAUCACUUGAGAAAGUGGGUGGACAAAACAGAGGCUGCAUGCAAAAGAGAAUCUAUAAACUAGAAGGUGAACUUUCUUUUAUAUACAUUUUAUUUAAUGUAAUUCUGUUUAUUUCAUUCAAUUCUGUGAUUUAGCAGUGAUGUGAAUGAAACUGCUGUGAAUGGUGGUGACCAGAAACUAAGCAGUGUCAAAAAAAGGGGCCUCAUAUGCAGGUGUGAAAAUAGUACAUGUAGUCCAAGACUACUGUAGCUGAGGGUCCAGCCUCAGCAGUGCCUCGUGCCAAAGGAAAGGGCCCCCGGUCUGAGGUGUUCACCGGAUGGGGCCAAACUGCUGGACAAAUGCUUUCUGUUGCACAGCCAACUGUUUGAGAACAUCAUGCAGCCCAAAUACAGACUCACACUUAUUUAUAAUGGCCCAGAAUGACUUUGUCAGAUAUUACUGGUGGCAUCUGAUUGAAGGCUUUUAUUAUAAAGCAGCGACCUGGAGUUAGUCGAGUAAAGAGAGCUACCCAGGAGAUUUGAGCACUGUACAGCUCAUUCCUUAAUAAAGCCUGUUAUUUAGUAAUUGACUUACUACCUA